GCGGCAGGAAGCCGGAAGCGACCGUGGCGCUGGGCCGGCAGGGCGUGAGGCGGCUCGGUGAAAAAGAAAACUGUCUAAUCAAAGAGCAAAGAUGCAGAGCACUUCAAAUUACCUCUGGCUAUUGUCAGACAUCCUAGGACAGGGAGCUACUGCAAAUGUUUUUCGAGGACGACAUAAGAAAACUGGGGAUUUAUAUGCUGUCAAAGUAUUCAACAGUAUAAGUUUCCUUCGUCCUGUGGAUGUCCAGAUGCGAGAGUUUGAAGUACUGAAGAAACUAAAUCAUAAGAACAUUGUCAAAUUGUUUGCCAUUGAAGAAGAGACAACAACUAGACACAAAGUAUUAGUUAUGGAAUUUUGUCCAUGUGGAAGUUUAUACACUGUUCUGGAGGAGCCAUCUAAUGCCUUUGGUUUGCCAGAGUCUGAGUUCCUAAUUGUGUUGAGAGAUGUGGUGGCUGGGAUGAAUCACCUCCGGGAGAAUGGCAUAGUGCACCGUGACAUCAAACCAGGCAACAUAAUGCGUGUUAUCGGUGAAGAUGGGCAGUCAGUUUACAAACUUACAGACUUUGGUGCUGCAAGAGAGCUUGAAGAUGAUGAGCAAUUUGUUUCUCUCUAUGGCACAGAAGAGUAUUUACAUCCUGAUAUGUAUGAACGAGCAGUUUUGAGGAAAGAACAUCAGAAAAAGUAUGGAGCAACAGUUGAUCUGUGGAGCAUAGGAGUGACCUUUUACCAUGCUGCAACAGGGAGUUUGCCUUUUCGACCUUUUGAAGGACCUCGUAGAAACAAGGAAGUGAUGUAUAAAAUAAUCACUGGAAAGCCUUCUGGUGCUAUUUCUGGAAUACAGAAAGCAGAAAAUGGACCAAUUGAAUGGAGCUGGGAGAUGCCUGUUUCUUGCAGUCUUUCCAAGGGUCUGCAAGUACUGCUCACACCUGUCCUUGCAAAUAUUCUUGAAGCAGAUCAGGAAAAAUGCUGGGGGUUUGACCAGUUCUUUGCAGAGACAAGUGACGUACUGCACCGAAUAAUAGUCCACAUCUUUUCACUGCAGCAGAUGACCUUGCACAAAGUUUAUAUUCACAGCUAUAACACAGCUGCUAUAUUUCAUGAGUUGGUCUACAAACAGACAAAAAUACCAUCUCAGAAUCAAGAACUCUUAUAUGAAGGUCGUCGCUUGAUACUAGAGCCUGGCAGAUUGGCACAGCACUUCCCCAGGACAACUGAGGAGAAUCCUAUCUUUGUAGUGAGCAGGGAGCCUGUGAACAUCGUUAGAUUAAUCUAUGAAGAAGUUUUGCUUCCUAAAGUACAUCAACGUUACGAUUUGGAUGGCGAUGCCAGUAUGGCUAAAGCAGUAACAGGUAUCGUAUGCUAUGCCUGUAGAGUUGCCAGUUUGCUGCUACUUUACCAGGAGCUGAUGCGAAAAGGAAUUCGAUGGCUCAUUGAAAUAAUCAAGGAUGAUUAUAAUGAACUGGUUCAUAAAAAGACAGAGGUUGUCAUCAGGCUGGAUUUCUGCAGCAGAAACAUUGAGAAAGCUGAGAAAAUAUAUGAGAAUUUGAUGCAGGUCAACUUGGAAGCAUCAGAAGUGGAUGAAAUUUCAGAGAUACACACAAAACUCUUGCGUCUCUCCAGCUCUCAGGGCACGAUAGAAACUAGUCUUCAAGAUAUCAAAUCCAAACUGUCUCCUGGUGGCUUACUGGCUGACACCUGGGCAAAUCAGGAAGGCAUGCAUCCAAAGGACAGAAAUCCAGAAAGGCUGCAAGCGCUGCUAAGAUUCAUCACAGAUAUUUAUUAUCAGUUCAAAAAAGACAAAGCAGAACGGAGACUUCCUUACAAUGAAGAACAAAUCCACAAGUUUGACAAGCAGAAGCUGUAUUUGCAUGCUACAAAAGCCAUAGCUCUAUUCAAAGAUGAAUGUGUCAGCAAGUAUGAUGCAUUUUUGGACAAGGCUGAGGACUGGUCAAGGAAAAUGCUUCACACAAGGAAGCAGUUACUGGCUCUUACCAACCAGUGUUUUGAUAUUGAAGAAGAGGUAUCCAAAUACCAGGACUAUAUAAAUGAGGUACAAGAUUCUCUGCCUCAAAAAAUGUUUGCAGCUUCCACUGGGAUGAAACAUACAAUGAAUACAGUCUACCCAAGCUCAAACACCUUGGUGGAAAUGACUCUUGGUAUGAAGAAACUAAAGGAGGAAAUGGAAGGGGUUGUUAAAGAGCUGGCUGAGAACAAUCACAUUUUGGAAAGAUUUGGUGCUUUGACUACUAUGGAUGGUGGUCGUCGGAACGUGGACUGUAUGUAGCUUUCAAAGGACCUGAAAAGGACUUGUAAUUGUUUUUUGUCAAAGGGGAAGUACUGUUGGGACACUGAAAGGCAGAUAAUACAUCUGUAUCCAGUUGGGGUUUUCCCCUCUACAACUGUAGUAUUAAAAAAUGUAAAUAUGUAUAAUAUGUAAAUAUAAGAGAAAUCUCUAUCUUUUUUUUUGGGGGGUGUGGGGGGGUCAGUGUUAGGAUAGAAUUACUCCUGGCAGGGAAUUUAACUCCUUGGAGGUUUUUUGAUAAAGUUCUAAAGGGAAAAAAAAAAAGUGUUGCUGAUGCAAAUGACAUUUGUUGGAUUUGAAGAGUGCCCUUUUUUUUUCUAGAAUGCAGUCUAGUAUUUAUUGCAAGAGGACUUGCAGAGCUCAACAUUAGGAAUAGUCUUUAAAGUGUGCUUUGGAUUUCCUUUAAUGACUGAUACUAUGUGGGAGUCUAGCUGAAGGAGUGAUCAUCACAGAGCAGGAUGAUUUUUUAAGUCAAGUCUUUUAAAAUCAAUGUGAACAGGGACAAAGAGCGCAGAUAGGACAGAGUAGGAAUGCAUUUUGCUUUCCUUUUGCAUCCAAACUGUUUGCUUUUACUUGAGAAAACACAUCCACAUUAACUUUUUAAGUUCCUCUCCAUAUUUGGUGCCAUUUCUGUAAUCACUUGACUUCUCUGCACAUGGAGGUUUUGCACUCCAGGUUGUCAGACUGCAUGUAAAAAACUGCUCUUUGAGAGUACAGCAUUUUCAGGAUUCCCCUGAAAUCCUGUUGCUCACCACAAGAGAACUGCGUUCUUAAAACAAGAUAGCUUUUUCAGAGUCCUGCUGGAGGGCAUAACUUCUAGAAGAGAUUAAAAGUCAGCAUGGGGAGAAUCUGUGGGCAGUCAGUAGACCAGACAGCAGCAUGCCUGAGUGGUAACUGAAUAGUGGAAAAGUAAGUGACAGAUCUAGAUCUUGGAAAAGGUACCACCCUCACUGCUGACUUACUAGCAAGAUACCAAAUAGAGGUGGAAAAUUUACUAAGACCUACAUACUUGUUUUCCAGUAUCACUAAUUACUGCUUUCAGCACUAUAUGAUCAGGUUGCAGAGAUGCAGAAUGAAGGAGUCUGCUUCAAAGUAUGUAGAAGAGGAGAAAGAAAAGAGGAAAACAAAGGAAAAACUCAGAAAACAUCUGUCACUUUGGAUACUACAGAUCUACCGAUGUGUUUCAUAUGAAAAGUGUCCAAAUAUGACUGGACUCUUUUCUUUCCCUGUGGAAACCAGGCCAUUGACGUUCAGUGACGUCCACUGCCACUUCUAAUUGCUAUGUUUGUCUGUUAGAAGAGCUGGUCUGACUUAGGACUUUCCAUGAUUAACAGUCAAACAUUUAGGUACAAACAGAACAGCAGGAACAUUUUAUAGUUUUGUGAUGCUUAUUCCCUGCUUAUCUCUCCAGGUCAGAGGAUUUUUAUUGCAUUAAAAAAAACCAACAACAUGAUUCUUUCAUUGUUAAAAGGAAAUUCACUACUUUGAUGUCUGAGAGCCACUUUCUGCUAUUCUUGGUGAGAUUCCAAUAUUAAAAGGCAAUUCAGAUAUUUUUACACUUCCAUACUCACGUGAGCAGCUUCUUUUUUUUUGCAGGCUUUUUUCCCCAGAAAAAUCCAGCUAUGCAAAUGGAGUGCAAGUUUGUUAUGUGUCUUUCCUUGGCAAGCUGUGGCAUUCUUAACGUUUUGGUUUAAAACACCAGAAUCAUGUCCAACUGGAAUGUUUUUAGGCCUGCUGGUACACUGGUUCAUUCACAUCCACGCUGUCAUUAGAACACCUGCAUAAGUGUUAAACAAAAAAACUGAAUUGGUGUCUCAAACUGUGCCUAAAUUGUUAUUUUUUACUGUUUUAUGCCUGUAACUUCAAAGAUUCUUAAUUCUGAAAGAAAUGAAGUGUUAGCUGGAAUGUAUAUUUUUCAACUUCUUUGUAUGGAAGCUGUCUGAAAAACAAAGUUAGUGCAGUACCUGACUUUUGUUUAUUCUUAGUAUAGUCUCUAUGUGUAGGUGCCACAUUCUUUUACAUGGCUGAAAAUGUUUUCUUAUGUUUGCUUUAAACAUUGCUACGUUUAGUGUUGCUAAAUACAUCAGCAAUCUUAAUCUCCUUAACAUUUCUUUUGCUAAAGCAGUUUUAACUAAGCAGCAGCUAAGGAACUUGAAGUUAUCAGCUGAUAAUCUACUGGUUCCAUUCUUAUGAAGGAAGUGUCUUUUCAAAGUCAUAGUGUAGCAUACAGUACCAUCAAUUUUUGGCUCAAUCUAAGCAUCCUGAUACUAUCAGUCAUGCAACUGAUUUGCCAAUAGAAAUAACAGAAAGUGAUAGAUGGUUCUUCCUCCUGAAGCUGCCUUACUGUUUUGGAGGGGUCAGCCUACUAUAUUACUGGUCUGUUAUUUGAAUAAGCCUGUCUUCAUAUGAACUGCAAAAAUGCAUGAGUGAAUGACUUAAAGACAUAAAUACAUCAUCAACCACUUCUUGUA